AUGGCGAACUUCAGCGAUCUCAACCCCUUCGCGAAGCGCGAAGCGCAUAGCUCGACAUCCAUCACCACUUACAAGGUCCUGACUCUGCUCUCCUGGAUCCUGUCCGUCGUCACGACCGUCUACUACGAUUUCGAAUCGCCUCAGGAUGGACACCUCAUUCGCCGGACGAUUUGGGGACAAAACUACGCCCAUCGUUCGGGUUUCACACAGAAUGCCACCAUCACCUCCAUCUACUGGCUUGUCUUGUUCAUUCUCCAGCUAGGCUACAUCGGUCACCUCUUCUCCAACGAUUCGGCCAAGGUCAACGCUGCUGCCUCUGUCGGUAGCCACUUCAUCUUCAACAACUUGCUUCACUUCGGCUGGGUGAUGCUCUUCGUUCGCUCGCACUUCAUCUGGUCCGAGAUCUUGUUGAUCAUCAACUUCAUCAACCUCACGUCGCUGUACUUCCGUCACAAUACGUACCCCAGAGGCAUCCACAUGCCCGCUGUGUCCGGUCCCCUUGCCUGGACCUUCGUGGCUUUGUACUGGAACGGCGCCAUCAUGGUGCCUGCCCAGCACAGCUUCGUUGCCCGCAUCUUUGCCAACGUCUUCAUCUGGUCGAUUCUGGUCUACGGAAUGUUCUUCAUCGUCAUCUACAAGGACUACACCAUGGGGUUCAACCUGAGCGUUCUCGCUGCUUCCUUGGGAGUCGCCCAGUUCUUUGAUCGCGUCAUUGCAUUCCAGUGGAUCUUUGCCUUCACCAUCAUGGCAGUGCUGUUCGUCUUCACUGUGGUCGUCGCCGUACCUGCUUGGACCGGUAAGGAGGUCAGCUGGGGCAGACGCGAGACUCAGCCCGAUGCCGAGCGUGCUCCUCUUCUCGGCGACAACUAA